GUUUAUCAAUUCAGUGGAGUGAAUUCAUAUCAAUAUCGAGUUUAGGGCUUAUCUGAGCCGCCUAAUCUCCUGGUGAUCCUUCAAAUGUGACCCAAAGUCCACUGAUCGCAGUCCAGUGUGCAACGAUGCUGCGCCGAUGGCCCACCGGCGCCUCCGUGCGUUUCUUCUCCACGCACGACUAUCAAUUCCUGCACCGCAGCUCCCUUCCCAUGCUCCACUUCCAGCGCUCCCUGCCGCGCCUGCCCAUUCCGGAGCUGGGGGCCACGUGCGAGCGCUACCUGGCGGCCCUGAGGCCGCUGCUCACGGCCGACCAGCACUCCCGGACAGCUAAGCUGGCCCAGGAGUUCCAAGCGGCCGAGGGAAGGACGCUCCAAGAGCGCCUGAAAGCCCAGGAUGCAGCAAAUCAGCACACCAGCUACAUAUCGGAGCCAUGGUUCGAUAUGUAUCUCAGCGAUAGAGCUCCGCUGCCGGUGAACUACACACCGCUGUUGGGCAUGAAACACACUAGCUCUCCGCCUGCUCCGGUGGACAUCCAGCUGGCCAACAUCCUCGUCACCACGGCGCGCUUUAUGAGAGCACUGAGGGCGCAAAUGCUGUCUCCGGAGGUGUUUCACAUGCGUCCGGAGACGGCGAAUUCUGCCCUGUACAACACUGUUGUGCGAAUGACGCCUCAGCGCUUCACCACGUACGCCUCGUACGCCUUCAAAUCCUUUCCGCUCGACAUGUCGCAGUACCAAGGACUCUUCUCAGCCACGAGAAUUCCUCAGCUGGGCAAGGAUGCCAUUUGGCGUGCUGACAAAGACCCACGUCAUGUGUUGGUGCUGCGCCGAGGCAACUUGUAUCGUCUGGAUAUCAUGGACAAAGAUGGGAACAUCGAGGCACCGGGAGUGAUUCUGUCGCGUGUGAAGCAUCUCUUGGCCACGUCACAGACGCAGUCUGAGGCGAGAGCUCCAUUGGGCAUUUUCACUACACAGAACAGAGACACGUGGGCGGAGCUGCGAAGUCACUUGGAGACGCUCUCGGAGAAUAACAAACAAUUGCUGAGAGUUGUGGACUCUGCCAUCAUUUGCGUGUGCCUGGAUGACAUCGAUUAUGCGCCAGAUGAUGUCUCCAAACGCGUGACUGAUUAUCUGUUUUCGAAUGCUGGGAAUAGGUGGUUCGACAAAUCCUUAAGCGUGAUCCUGAGCAAGGAUUCCCGGUGUGCCGUGACAUUCGAGCACUCUUGGGGUGAUGGAGUGGCUGUCCUCAGAUACUUCAAUGAGCUGUACAGUGAACUGUCUCGAAGUCCUCUCGUGUCGGCAGAGAUGGACAGUCAGCCGGGUGAGAACUUCCUGCAGCAUCUCAACUUCGACUUGGACACCCGGAUCACGGAUGCGGUGGAGAAAGCCACGCAGCGUCACCAGGAGGUGGAGAAGAGCUUGGCGGUGAAUUACAUGAUGGCUUCGGGCGUGGGACGAUCUCUCUGCAAGGCGGCGAAAGUCAGUCCCGACGCAGUGGCGCAACUUGCCAUCCAAUUGGCUUACGCUCAAGUGUCUGGCGGCGGCACUGCCGCCACUUACGAGUCUUGCAGCACUUCCGCUUUCAGGUGCGGACGCACAGAGACUGUCCGGCCGGCAACAGACGCCACAAAGCGCUUCUGCCAAGGCGGAGCGGCGUCGGCUGAAAAGGUGGCUUUGCUGCGAGAGUGCUCAGAUCGUCACAAUCAAUUGACCCGUGAAGCUGCCAUGGGACAGGGAUUCGACAGGCACUUAUUCGCCCUGAGGAGAAUAGCUGAAGAGGAGUCUGCCCUAUACAAGGACACCGCUUACAAGCUCAUCAACCACAACAUUCUCUCUACCAGCACUCUUUCCUCGCCAGCGCUCGAGGUGGGCGGCUUUGGGCCUGUGGUGGCCGAUGGCUAUGGCAUUGGCUAUCAAAUUGACAAGGAUCGCUUGGGUAGCAUCGUGAGCACGUAUCACGCCAAGAGGAACGGGUCUGAGUUUGUGGAGGCGCUUCAGGAGAGUGCCAAGCAUCUCAAAGAGGUGCUAGAGCACGCAGCGAAAGGGAAAUAGUCGAAAUAUUUGGGUGCUUUGGGCGUAACAAAUGAGAAAGGUAUUCUUGAAAUUUUUAUGGUUUGACUUAUGGGUUGAUAUACGUGCGGAAAUAAAGUGUUCAAUAUUACAAUAAACAUCUGAGUUCUCUUUCACGCUACAAAACGAUAUGAUUUUACAAAGUGAGAUGACUGAAAUGCCCAGAGCUUUAAACAACUUCCUCGGUAAAUGGAAUAUUGAACCACAUAGCUGUGUACAUAUCUAUGUACAGAAGGCUAAUUAGGA